GAGUUAAAUUAGGAAAAUUUGUGAGGGCGAACGAGAGAGAGCGAGAGAGGCAGGGAAAAGAACAGGAUUGGAGUCAGUGAGAGUUGUGGUUGCUCCAUGGCAACCCUUACCCCUUUCCUCUCAUCCUCUUCUCCUUCUCUUUUUCUUCGCCCUCGUUCUCCUUCUCCUUCCUCUCUAUGCUUCCCUCUCCGCCACUGCACUCCCACACUUACUUCCACAAAACUACACCCUCUCGUCCUUGCUUCUCACGACCUCAGCUCCUAUGCCCGCUCUCCUCGAAUUCAAUCCUUCAAGAAAUCGAUUCUCUCUACUUUAGUACACGAGAUAGAACCAUUGGAUGUAAGCCUCAUUCAGAAAGAUGUUCCAUCAGCUACUGUCGAUGCUAUGAAAAGAACCAUUUCGGGCAUGUUGGGCUUACUUCCAUCCGACCAAUUUCAAGUUCUUAUUGAGUCUUUGUGGGAGCCUCUUUCCAAGCUGUUGGUUUCUUCUAUGAUGACUGGGUAUACUUUACGAAAUGCAGAAUAUAGACUUUGCCUGGAAAAAAAUAUGGAUGAUUAUAAAGAAAACCUUGAAAACCAAAAGCUUAAAAGUUGUAGGUUUGAUGUGCAAGGAAUGUUGCUUGAAAGUGCUAAUAUAAUCAAAUUAGCAGGAAAAGAUGAGCUCACGUCCAAAUCUGACGAAAUCCCUGUAGAACCAUCUGAGAAUCUGGAAAUUCAAGAUGUUGGCGAUAUGUCCCCUGAAGCUCAAGAAUAUGUUCGUCAGUUGCAGUCUCACUUAUCGUCAGUUAAAAAGGAACUCCACAAAGUUAAGAGGAGAAGUGCUGCUCUUCAGAUGCAACAAUUUGUUGGGGAAGAAAAGAAUGAUUUAUUGGAUUAUUUAAGAUCACUACAACCAGAAAAGGUGGCAGAGUUGUCGGAACCUACAUCCCCUGAAUUGAAAGAAACAAUCUACUCUGUUGUGCAUGGUCUUCUUGCAACCCUUUCUCCUAGAAUGCAUUCCAAGGUGCCUCCGCUCUUAGAUAAUACCUCAACCGGAACAGAACAUGUCGAGAACGGAGAUUGUGCUGAAAUUGUGGGAAAUACUUCCAUUCAAUUUCAGCCUCUUAUUUCAUUAACCCGGGACUAUCUGGCACGACUCUUGUUCUGGUGCAUGCUGUUGGGACAUUACCUCAGGGGACUUGAGUAUCGAAUGCAACUAAUGGAACUUUUAUCCCUUACAAACGACUCUGAAAAUGAUGGAGUUCAGGCUGCUUAAAGUUUUGGCGUUGCUUCAUUUCAUGUGUAUAUACAUAGUUUAUGUUUCUCCCUACCCAAUAAUACAUGCAAAAAAAUAUAUAUUUUUAAGUGAGGUAAGCCAAUAUGCUCUCUACCAUUUAUGUUUUAUUUCGCCUAAAAUAAUAAACGAUGGUCCAGAUUUCAUUUUUGCAAUAUAUAAUUCUUAUUGAAUUACAAA